GCGGCGGCAGCGCCUCGGGCAAGACGACGGUGGCGACGCGGAUCAUCGAGGCGCUGGACGUGCCCUGGGUGGUGCUGCUCUCCAUGGACUCCUUCUACAAGGUGCUGGACGAGGGGCAGCAGGCACUAGCAGCCCGCAGCGACUACAACUUUGACCACCCCGAUGCCUUCGACUUUGAGCUGCUCGUCAGUGUCCUCCGUAAGCUAAAGAAGGGCAAAAGCGUGAAGGUGCCCGUCUACGACUUCACGACGCACAGCCGCCGCCGCGAGUGGAAAACAGUGUAUGGGGCUAACGUCAUCGUAUUUGAAGGAAUUCUGGCCUUUGCUAACAAGGAAUUGCUGAAGCUCCUGGACAUGAAAGUGUUUGUGGAUACGGAUUCUGAUAUCCGGCUGGUACGGCGGCUGCAACGCGACAUCAUGGAACGUGGGCGAGAUAUUGUGGGUGUCAUCAAGCAGUACAACAAGUUUGUCAAGCCAGCCUUCGAGCAGUACAUCGAGCCCACCGUGCAGGUUGCUGACAUCGUGGUGCCCAGAGGUGGGGAAAACUUUGUGGCUCUGGACCUCAUUGUGCAGCAUGUGCACAGCCAGCUGGAGAAGCGUGAAAUCACUGUCAGGGCAGCCCUGGCCUCUGCCCACCAGGGGCAGCCCCUACCGAAGACACUGAGUGUAUUGGAGAACACGCCGCAGGUGCGAGGCAUGCACACCAUCAUCAGGAACAAGGACACGACCAGGGAUGAGUUCAUCUUCUACUCCAAGCGCCUAAUGAGGCUGUUGAUUGAGCAUGCCCUCUCCUUCCUGCCGCUCAAGAUCACAGGUGUGUCCAUCCUGAGAGCAGGGGAGACCAUGGAGCAGGCCCUUACUGCUGUCUGCAAAGACAUACGUCUGGGCAAGAUACUCAUCCAGACCAACCACGACACAGGGGAGCCCGAGCUCCACUACCUGCGCCUUCCCAAGGAGAUCAGCGAAGACUAUGUCAUCCUCAUGGACAGCACUGUGUCCACGGGUGCUGCGGCCAUGAUGGCAGUGCGUGUCCUGCUGGACCACGAUGUCCAAGAGGACAGGAUCUUCCUGCUGUCACUGCUGAUGGCAGAGAUGGGGGUACACUCCGUGGCUUACGCCUUUCCUCGCGUCCGCAUCAUCACUACUGCUGUAGAUAAGAGGAUCAAUGAGGAAUUCCACAUCAUCCCGGGCAUUGGUAACUUCGGGGACAGAUACUUUGGUACCGACGCCCCGUCUGCCUGGUGUGAGAGUGACAGCAUGGACUGCUGAGUGGGCUGCCCUGGCCACCCGCCGGGCUGGCCAGCGGGUGGGCUGCCAGCCUGUGCCCGGCCCCAGCACAGGGCCCCGUGCCAACCUCAGGCUCUCCGGCCCCGCAGGACUAGCCCCCCGCUGCCAGCCUCUCCCUCCGCCCCACAGGAAUGGCUCCUUGCGGGAUGGAUCCUCACCUCCACGCAGGGAGGGACGUCACCUCCUGCAGCCCGCUUCGGUGAGGGGGGGAGAGAGGGCGCUCCUCGGUGCUGGGAGACGUGCUUCUGCAGCCCGGCCAAGCCUGCGUGCCCGUGGGAGCAGAGGUGGACUCCCUCGAGGGCCUUUCCCACGCACGCGCACGAGAGGUCGCCCGCUCCCGUUCGAGGCAGGUGGACGGUGUCCAGGCCCCUCGAGGCUUCCUCCGGGGGCCGCGUGCGUGCGUGCAGGCUCACCUGCUGGAAUCUGUAUUUAUUUGUAUUUAUUCUGAGCAGCUGCCCACCUGGCUCUCCUCCUGCCCUGCCCGGGCAGGCCAGCUACUUGAAAAGCUCCCCGGGACCGCGGCUCUCCCCGAGGGAACGCCUCGCCGCGCCGCCCCGGGCCCGCCCGCGCCGGCCGGGGGAGG